UCAUUCAAUCAGCUGAGUUCGCGGCGUUCGGUUCUCCUGUUCUUGGUUCUUUUCACCGUUGCACCGAUCGAAUACUACGCGCCUACCGUUGGAGGAAACUGAAAAUCGUGCUGUAAAUAAUUCCUUUAAAACAACAAGACUCGGCGAGAACGGAAAAUUUGUUCAGAUUGUCACCUUCGAAAAAUAUCUGUGUUCUGCCACUGACACUGAUUUUUUGGACAGCACUUCGGCCGAGGCUUACUUAGCUCAAUUAAAAAAAAAACAACAUAAAAAAGGUAGCCACCGCAAAGGAGCUGCCAACUUGCAUAUUACGCCUGUGCGUUUCGUUUGUUCCACGCUUGUGACCCGUAGCCCACGUCCACUUUUGUGGCGUGUGCAAUCCAAAAGCCGCCAAGACGACUUACUCGAUAAUGAAGAUGAGCUCGCCCAGGAUCAUGCAGCAGAAGCGGACAAGCAAGUCCUCCAAUUCGUCGCGGGUCUCGAUGACCACCUCGACGGCGGAGGAGAAUCUCCUGGAGUCGAAGCUCUUCAGCUGGAUGCGUCUAUUCCGCUUCGCCUCGCUGCUCUGCCGCGCCGAGUAACGGAGCUAGUUUAUAAGAUCGAGAUCCUCCACAUGAGAUCUUCAGUACCCUCUCCACCCCCAAACAAAAUGUUAAGAGAAAUCCAUAUAACAGAUACUCGAACUAGUUGCCGCUUUUCAGUCAAAUUUUCCUAUAUAUAAUGAGAGACACCAACAGAAACACCAAGCUAAUGUCACCUUAACUUUUCCAGCAAUGUAGAGAAUAAGUAUUACACAAUGAGUAAACAAGAAUACACCUCCUAUCAGAAAUACCAUGUUAAGUUUAAGCUGAAAAGCAAAGUACAUAUAUCAAAUCCAAGGAAUACAAUGUUUAAUUUAAGCUCCUUAUUGGGAAAUCGAAAACAAGUUUCGUUCAGUUAGCUCUUCACAAUUAAGUCAAUUUUUAGUGUAAAUUCCGUAGCAACGGAAUUUCUCGCGCCUUUCGUACCUUUUGUAUUGUAAUAAGUGAAAAUAAAAACAAAUGAGACACUUACAAAUUGCAAACUACAAGCAAAUAAAUAUUUAAUCAUAAUCCACUUAUUGCGUUUAUUCGGGUUUAUUAGUGCUUAAGUUUUGAGAACAGCCGACUACAACACGAGGUAUAUAUAUUUUUGUAAUUACAACACUGUUUUGCGUGUCACAAACAAAUAAAACAUGAAAGCAAACAUCCAGCUAUUAAAUAGAUAAAUAUAUUAACUAAAGAUGCGAACAAAUGCAGUACUAAACAAUACCAAUACAAUGUAUACAUGUAGAGGAAUAUAUUUACACAUCAACUUCAAAUCAGAGUCUAUGCAAAUGCGCUUAUCCAACAAAUAUUUAACACUGAUUCACAAUAGUUAUCCAAGCCCAGCAAUAUGAGAAGUGCAUUUAACCCAAAGAAGUUGCCAAACGACAGCAAUUGUUGUUAACACAUUAGCAAAACUUGCAAAAACACAAUAGUAUCUUAAUUUCUGUACAACCUCAGAAUGUAAUAAACAUAUAACGAUAAAUAAAACUACGACAACAAAGAACAAAUACAGUUAUCAGAGAUUUUCGAAAUUCAAAAAUACUUAUUAAUUAGUUAGUAAGCCAGAAUGCAACCCUGCAACAUGAAAAUUACAGUAAUAACGGUAAAUGCCAAAUCAAUGAGAAAACUGUACUAGAACAUAGCAAUAUCACUGCAGCAGAUAAUUGUUGAUAAAAAUGCAAUAAAUCGAUAUCGAUCAAUAAAUAAAGUCUUUAAGCUGUUGAGUGUUCA